AAGAUUAAAUUAAUGUAUUGUGGAACCCAUAGUUAGAUUGAAUGUUAGCCACAUAUCAUACUUCUGAGUAAAAUUUUGAGUUCGAAAAAUUGUCUUUUUAAUUCCAGCCAGCCAAUAUUGAUUCUGUCUCAUGCUCUCUGAGUCUCUGGAGCCAUUGAUUUUUUAAAUCUUUUGGAUUUUGGGUCAAAGCCUUGGUACGUAAACAUAUAUAUAUAUAUAUAUAUUACUCAUAAAACUAUAUAUAGAGACAUGCUUCUAGAACAUAUAUAUUUAUAAGCUUUAAUAUAUAUUAGAGCGUAGAUAUUUAUAGGGUUUUCAUCCUCUCCUCAGGAUUGCAGAAUAAUUUAAUCUAAUAAGUCUUAUAAUUAUAUAUAUUAAUAAUAAAAUUCGGAUUGUUAAGGCUCAUGUCCCCCGAAUUUAACUUAAUAAAUUUUGAUUCAAAACUUUGACAAAACUAAAAUUUUGAUUCAGAGCUUUGACAAAACUAAAAUUAUACUGUACAAACUCUACUUUUAUAAUCCAAACUCACCUACUUACAUUAUAAAUGAACAAUCAUUUCAAAUGUUGAAUGCAGAGCACUGGUCAAUAGUUUUGGGACACUAAAGUCAUGCUUACAUAAUUAAAAUACAUAUCUAUUGUUUGACAUCAUGAUAUAAAGCUUGUACCUAGUGGUAGGAUCUCUGUCUCUCUGUCUCUCUCUCUCUCUCUCUCUCCACUCCAAUAUGGAAGUAACAGUGAGCUCUAUUAUUGCCUCCAUUGCUUUGGUGACUUUGGUAACAUAUGCAUGGAAGGUGGUGAACUGGGUAUGGUUGAGGCCGAAGCAGAUAGAGAAAUGCUUGAGAGAGCAAGGUUUCAAAGGAAAUCCAUACAAAGUGUUGUAUGGAGACACAAAAGAGAUGAUAUCAAUGAUGAGAGAAUCAAAAUCGAAAUCCAUGGACACGUCCUCAGACGAUAUUGUCCCACAUCUCCUACCAUCCCACCCUAACUAUGUCAACCUUCAUGGUAAAAAUUACUUUCAAUGGAUGGGCCCAACACCAAGAGUGACCAUUGCAGAUCCUAAACAUAUAAAGGAGAUUUUGUUUAACCAUGAAGUCUUUCAAAAACCAACCAAUAACCCACUUGGAAAAUUACUAGUACGAGGGCUUGGGUCGUAUGAAGGUGAGAAAUGGGCUAAGCACAGAAACCUUAUCAACCCAGCCUUUCAUCUAGAAAAGUUGAAGCAUAUGGUACCAGCAAUGUGCUCAAGUUGUAGUGAGAUGAUAAGCAAAUGGGAAGUGUUAGUCUCAUCAACAAAAGGGUCAUGUGAGGUUGAUGUAUGGCCUUAUCUUGAUAAUCUCACAGGCGAUGUGAUUUCUCGGACAGCAUUUGGUAGUAACUAUGAAGAAGGAAAAAAGAUAUUCCAACUUCAAAAAGAACAAACCGACCUUAUAAUCCAACUCUUGCGGUCAUUUUACAUUCCAGGAUGGAGGUUUCUACCAACGAAGACAAACAAGAGGAUGAAAGCAAUCUAUAAUGAAGUGGGAACUCUACUGAAAAAUAUCAUCAUCAACAAAAGAGAGCAAGCUAUGAAAGGAGACGAUGGAAAUGAUGAUUUAUUGGGAAUACUAUUGAAAACAAAUUUGAAAGCAAGUCAAGAACAAGGAAAUGAGAAAAACAUCACAUUAACAAUAGAAGAGGUGAUUGAUGAGUGCAAGCUAUUCUAUAUCGCUGGGCAAGAGACCACCUCAUCUUUGCUUGUGUGGACGAUGGUCUUGUUGAGUAAGCAUCAAAAGUGGCAAGCUCAAGCGAGAGAAGAGGUUUUGGCAGUAUUUGGAGACAACAAACCAGACUCUGAUGGGUUAAAUAAACUUAAAACUAUUACCAUGAUUCUCUAUGAAGCUCUUAGGUUAUACUCCCCACUAGCCUUCAUGAUUCGAACUAUACGAAACAAGACAAGACUAGGAGAAGUUGUUCUACCCCCUGGAGUGGAUCUUUUUGUGCCAAUGAUUGCAAUCCAUCAUGACUCUGAAAUUUGGGGUAAAGAUGCAACGAAGUUUAAGCCAGAGAGAUUUUCUGAAGGAAUUACAAAGGCAACAAAGGGCCCAGGCACAUUCUUUCCGUUUGGUGGGGGUCCUCGUAUAUGCAUUGGACAAAACUUCGCAAUGGUGGAAGCAAAAAUAGCCUUAGCAAUGAUUUUGCAACACUUCUCAUUUCAGCUUUCUCCAUCGUAUGUGCACGCUCCUUUCCAAAUCUUGACACUCCAACCCCAACAUGGUGCUCACUUGAUCUUACAGAAAAUCUAGGAUCUAAAUCUUUGCAACAACAAUUUGUGAAAAUGAGGAUCAUACCUUUGUGGUUAAUAUUGUACUAGAAUAAAAUUUAAUAUGCUUACAAGCAUUUGGAAAUUCAAUACGAAGGUAUUUACUAUGUAACAUUUACAGUGACUAGCUUAUGGAAUAUAGAACAAAGUCUUGCUAAAUGUUUUGUA